AACUAAGUGAUUGGUAGUUUUAGGUUGGUUGGGCAAUCUUGGGUUCGGGCCAACUAUCGCCGCACUUAAAUUGGUUAUGGCUGUAAUUGCCUUUGUGAUUGAAUAGUAUUUUAGGUGCUUGUGAGAGUGGGCUAGCGGCUCGAAGGCAGUGGAGUUAGUCUGCUUCUCGUAGAGCCUUUUGAGUUUUAUUUUUGUUCUUCGCUAUGUAAGAAUGUGCGCUGGUAAUUUGGUUUCCGGAUCUGUGGCCUGCCCAGCAAAAAAGACAUUUCCUAUAUUUAUAAUGAUUCAUUUUUGACAUUCGACAGAACCCUGAUAUAUCAAUCUUUUUGAAGAGAUCUGAUAAAUGAAAUAGACUUCAACUGGGAUAAACUUGUUUUUCUCUUUAUUUUUGCCGCCACUGUACGGUACCCCUACAUUAGCAUGGUUAGUGUGAUACUAAUUCGAUAUUUCAAGCCAGCCAAUAUUCUUAGAUUGUAUCGGCAAUGUCUUACAAAGUUGGGUUUAGCAAUCGUAUACUUGAGUCAGGUUGAGAAUUCUUGAGCAAAAAUACAGGUCGAGCUCCUAAAAGGAAGAAACUUUUAGAAAAAGGAUCAUCAUCAUCAUCAUCAUGAAGAAUCGCAAUUUGGAGAUAACCAUUCCCCGGAGUUGUCCCGUGGUGUUGUUGAUGUUCCUGAUGGCAUGUUCUCAGGUUGGGACCAUUAAAACUAUCGGGAUCUACCUCGAAGAUAUCUCAUGGAGUCUUGGAACGACCUCCGCAGAUAUUGGACUCGCCCUCGGACUCUUCAACGCAUUUGGAACCUUCCUAGCUCCCCUGAUUGUCGCCCUCUAUCGGCUGAGAACGAUUCGUCGCGUUAUGCUCAUCUCGGGAUCAUGUUUCAUAUCUCUGGGUGUCGUCCUAACAGCUAUGGCAACCACAAACGCUCAGAUUGCUAUAUACCUAGCAAUAAGUGGCAUCGGUCACUGCAUUCUAGGAACAUUGACAACCGUUGCACUGGACCAAAUCGCAAAGACGCAAAACUUUGAUUCACUGUAUGCUUUGGGAAUGAGCGGGUUCGGGCUGGGAAUGGUACUUCUGCCAUUCUUAGCGGAUGUCCUUGGUCUAGUGUAUGGUUGGAGAGGAGGACUCCUUAUUCUUUGCGGCUUAAUGUGUAACCUUAUCCCCUGUGCCACGGCAAUACAAGUUGAACCCUCAUCAUGCAAUGAUAAAGUAUCGGAUGUCAUUGAUGACUUCAAUGGAAGUGGAUCUGAUGAGGAAAGAGACUGCAAAGAUUAUUCAACCGAUGGUGAAAUCACACCGUUAUGCCCCGAAAGCGGUCGGGGUGCACAGCCUGACCGAACUAAGCGUCUCGUGGUUGGUGAGGUUCGAUCAGCAAAGUCGUCUGCGGUCGACCAUAAUCAAAUGGAUCCUCAUGAACACGACUCAAGUUCCAGACCAUGCCUUGGCAGAUUAAGCGAGAGGGUUCGUGGGUCAGAUUUUUACAGGAGCCGAGUAUUUAAUUUGGUGCUUUUAGCGAACAUGACGUUUGGUGUGGUUUACUGCGGUUUGCAUGGAUUUCUGGUUCCCCAUGCCAUUCAGAGAGGCUACUCCAUCAAUGCUGCCAUCUUAAUGACAUUCUUUGCCUCUAUAGGCAACUUCCUGGGCAGACUCUUGACGGGCGCCCUCUCCGAUCGACUGGCGAAACCCAUCAUCCUAUACCUUGUUGCAACCUUGCUAAACAUCGUUGCUAUUCUGUGCGAUGUGAUCCUCCGCAAUAACUAUGUCAUGUUUGUAAUGGCAUGUCUAUCUGCUAUAAGCAUUGCUUCAAAAGCUGUUCUAGGGCCACUGAUAUUGAGGAAGACAGCGUCUCCGGGAAGCUUCAACGUUGCAUAUGCAGCCCAUGAACUACUCUUCGGGUUCGGGAACUUCCUCGGGGGCUACUUGUCAGGUAUGAUCGGUGGCCUUUACUCUUCUUACGAUGCUGCUUUCGUGUUUCUAGGUUGCACUGACAUUGUUGUCCUUUUACUAAUGCUCUCCACCAUUAAGUUUAUUCAUCAAAAACCAAAAUAGAUAAUAAUGACUGAGCAAGAGAUCUACAUCUAAAUUUUAGUAAAGAUCUAAAAUGAAUUCGAAUAAAAUUCAAUUAGUAUUUAGUCUUACAUCGCAUGAUUUAAAAGUGUUCUUCUAAAUCUUGCACUUUGGAUCCCAUGCCUACAUGGCUGGUUAAGAGGCAUUUGUCUGUUCUAAUCCCAGUACUUUCACGUAUUCUGAAUCUGUCUACUGGUGUUUUCCCAGACAGUCUUAGAUCGUCCAUUAUCAUGAUUAUUAAACCAGUUUUUCAGGAAGUCUACUCUGGACAGAGAUAGUUUAUGUAGUUAUUGACCUGUGUCUAACAUGAAAUUUGUAGGCAAAGUGGUUUAAAAGGCUGUUCCCAAAUAGGUAUCUACUUUUGUUACCUGGAGUACUUAUAGGUAUUAAUUACAAAAAAAGGCAUUAUUAUGUACUGGAUGUUCUCAAUGGGUGCAUAUAUUUUGUGGACAGGUCCUGAACAUGUAACAUUAGAAAUGUUGUGGCUCGAAUUGCUGCGUACUAAUAGCAGCUCACUGUUCGUUGGUAUAUGGUACAGGAAACCUGAUAGUCACUUAGAAUUCUUUGAGAGUUUAGAACAAAAUCUCGAGAAAGUAUUUGCAAAGUCAUGCAAUGUUAUUAUAAAUUUUACUUGGGGAUUUUAACUGUAACAUGCUAACUAAUAAUAAUCUGUCAAAGAAAAAAUCUAUGUAUAUGACCGAGCAGAUCACACAGAUUAUAUACUAACCCACGAGAGUUACGCCUAACAGCCAAUCACUAGAUUUAAUUUGUAUUUCUGACCAUGGACCUAUAUAGGUCCAUGUUCUGACUCACCUAUUGAAAGUGUCAUUAAAUCAGGCGUACAAAUAACAGGUUUAAGUGAUCAAUAUGUAAUAUUUACUGUCAUUAAAGGUAGAUAUCAUCCUCCUUCUCCAAAUAUGAGCAAAUUUUGCUCGUUCAAAAAAUUUAUUUUCACACAUUUAAAGAAGAUAUGAGCAACAUUGACUGGCAAGAGUUCUAUUCAUCUGGUCAGGAAGUAGAAAAAUUAUGGAUUUGUUUUAGAAGUACUCUGUUGGAAACUUGUAAUAGACUUGCCCCACUUAUAUCAGUGCGUCUUAAACAAAGAGGUGUACCAUGAUGGCUAUCUGAAUCUAGCACGAGAAAGGGAUUACUGUCGAAAAUGAUUCCGAAAAACCAAAAUAAUACCAAAAUAAUAUCUUGGUGGCAAAAACAUAAGCAUUUUCGAAAUAGAGCAAACAAUUUGAAUAAGCUUUUGAAAAAGAAUUACUAUCAGAAUGAUUUACAGAACUGUGGUAAUAUUCCGAAGAAUUGGAGAGUUCUUCCAAAACUUAUACCAAAGAAAAUUAGAAAGAAAAUAAUGAUAUCAAAAUUCCAAUGGGAAAUGAACAGAUACCUACCAAACAAAUAGCCAAUGUUUUAAACAAAACCUUUAAUGACGUAGGACUGAGAUUGCAGACUCCUUCGGAUAAUACAUCACUUGAUGUAUUAAGUAGUUUACAAACAUUAUCUUUAGCCGAAUGUGAAUUUAGAUUCAGUGAAAUAAAAAAUUAUUACGUUUUUUAGGCAUUGUCAAACAUUUAUUUUUCAAAGGCUGUUGGAGUAAAUUGCAUACAUCCCAAGCUUUUUAAACCGGCUGCUCCCUUUUUAGUAGAACCAUUGGUAUAUUUAUAUACAAUAUGACAUUGCGAGCAUGUACUAUUCCAAGAGAUUUAAAGACGGCAAGAAUUACCCCAAUACAUGAAGGAGGAACAUAUGUCGAUAGUUUUAGACCGAUAUCUGUACUACCUGCCUUGUCUAAAAUAUUAAAAAGAGCAAGCCACAAUCAACUUUAUGAAUACUUGAAUAAAAACAAACUGCUAACGAAUGCCCAGUCAGGUUGUAGACCUUUGCAUUUAACUACUACAUGUCUAACUGAAAUUACAUAUUAUAUGUUUGAUAAAUGGAUCAGAGGUGAAUGAUCGGAGGUAUUUUCCUCGAUUUACGUAAAGCGUUUUAUGUUAUACCACACAAUUCCAUUCUUUGAAAACUUAAGUAUCAUGGAAUUAAGGGUAACGAAUAUGAUUGGAUGAAAGCAUAUUUAACAGACAGGAGACAGUUUGUCGUAGUAAAUAAAUGUAUCAGUGAAAGUGUAAAAAUUAGAUCAGGCGUCCCACAAGGAUCCAUAUCGGGUCCAUUAAUAUUUUGUAUUUUUAUCAAUGAUAUAUGUAACUUGAAUUUGAAUGUUGAUUCCAAAGUCUGUCUUUAUGCAGAUGAUACUGCUCUUUUCUGCCAUGAUGUAUUAUCUAAAGAGUUUAAGAAAAGAUCUGCAAAGUGAGUUUGAUGUUAUCUGUAACUGGCUCAACCUUAACGGUAUGCAUUUGCAUACAUGGCUUUUGGUCAUAGGAAAAGAUUGAAAAAAUUAUGCUUUAAUGAUAAAGAUAUAGAAAUUAACCCAUAGAAAAAGUAAAUAUAAUCGAAUACUUGGGUGUAACACUUGACUCUGGUAUGACGUGGGGAGAACAUGUAUCUAGUAUGAUUGUUAAAAUAUCUCACACGAUAGGUUGUAUAAAGAAAAUCAAACAAUUCCUUCCGCCUAGGAUUCUUAAGAAUUUAUAUUUUGCCAUGAUUUUACCUUACAUUGAUUAGUUUUGUACAUCAUGGGGAAGCUGUGCAAAAACUAACAAAAAAUAAGAUACAAAAACUGCAGAAUAAGUAUACCCGAGUAAUUUUGAAUAAGGACUAUCUUACUCCCCAACAUGAAUUGUUUUUUACACCCAAAUGGCAAACAGCAUGAACAGUGGAGGACCGUAUGAAUAUUGUGUCCUUGCUUUCAAAACACAAAACGAUUUAGCCACAGCCUUUUUGGGACCACUUAUAUGCAAACAUUAUGUAACUUAUAAAACACGAUAUUCUGAACAAUUUCCCCUUCAAAUACCCUGCCCAAGGAUGGAUUAUAAAAAAAAAUAUUUGGAAUGUUGCUGCUGUCUCAUUCAAUUCGCUCCCUAUAAUACAAAAAUGCACGUCCCUCCAUGCAUACAAAAACACUUUAAAUCAUUAGAAUUCUUACUGUCAUACAUGUAAUUACACUGAAUAACUUGAUGUAAUGAUUCCAUAACACUUGUUGAUUCACUCUACAUGUAUAAAAUGUAUUCUGUUUUUACUUUAUCAUAUGUUACAUACAUUGAAUUGUUAUGAUGUUGAUUUAUUUGUUAAACUGCAGGGUGCCUUUGGAAAGUUUUGCAUAACUGAACAGGCAUAUCUUGCAGUAUAAAAUAAAGAAAACAAAUAGAUGAAUUGAAUAAAUG